AACACCGCGAAGCGCAUUGAGUGUCUGGCGGGACACUACCACCCAGUCGCAUUGAAUCUAGACAUCACUGGCGAACCCACGCCCUGGUACCAACAACCGCAGUCAACUCGGGAUGCUCAGUCAAGGGAGAACACAAUGAUCAACGCCUUUCUGGUCUUCAAUGGCCAGGGUCAGCCCCGGCUGACCAAGUUCUACACACAGUUGGAAACGAGCAUGCAGCAGCGCCUGAUUUCCGAAAUAUUUACCCUCGUAUCGAAUCGACCGGCUGGGUCUUGCAACUUUCUCCCGCUUCCUCCCCUGCUCGCUGCCUCGGGCACCUCACAUUCAUCAUCGGAAGAAGAGAACGACGUUCCCUCCCUCGUUACGUAUCGUAACUACGCGACCCUCUACUUCAUUGUCAUUUCGACCUCGACAGAGUCACCACUUGCCCUGAUCGAUUUGAUACAAGUCUACGUCGAGGCGCUCGAUAAGCUGUUUGAGAACGUUUGCGAGCUUGAUCUCAUCUUCAACUUCGAAACGCUACACUCAACGCUCGGCGAGAUGAUUGUGGGAGGAGUGGUCAUCGAGACGAAUCUAGAUCGCAUUGUCUCUGGCGUGCGCGCACAAGGCACUGUAGCCAAAAGACCUGUGAACGAAGGGCGCAGCGCCGGACUGGGAGGCGGACUGAGUAUGGGAGGUAACUUUGUCUGGCAUGGACGGUGAGGUGGGCGGCCCCCUGUCUGAGAGGAACAUGACUCUGUUUUCGAACAAUAUGUUAUACAUGGGCUUCUGUGCCGGGUAUUCAAAACGCCAUAAACUCCUCCCUAUGCUGGUACAGUGUUGUCGGCCGAGAAUCUGUCUAUUUGGGGGUCUCGAUGGGAGCGGGUGCUUCGGGCGCAUCUCUGCGACGUUCGUAUCGUUUGUCAGACUCGAUUGUGCCAAACAGACCGCGCACACGCUUUCGGAUCUGGACGGAAUGGUUAGCAUCAGGCGGGACUGGAAGCGACGAAGCCACAUACCUCUUCCGAUGGCCUGUAUUCCUUGCCAAAGAACUCGAGCUCGGAGAAGAAAAAUGUCCAGCCAAGGAAACCUAGAGCAAGUUAGCAUGGAGCGCAAGCAGUCGCUACGAGGGCUUCGCGAACCAAUGACAGUUGCCAACUGC